CGUGCUUGUUUAAUGGCGGCGAAUUCGGUUACUGAUAAGCGAGAAAGAAGAUAAAAUAGUUCAAAUAAUACGCUGAAUAGCUGAAAUAUUGAAUGCUUAAUGAAGAAAUUAGCACAAUGAAACAGUAAAUUAUCCUUUAAUUUGCAUAUGAUAAUUUCCACGUUGUACUUCUGCCUGAAAUCUCAUAAAUUCUAAGUGUUUCUUGAUCGAAUCGUUCGUUUCAUCGAAAGGUAUGUUUAGGUCGUUCGUUAACAGCAUUAUAUCACUUUCGAUUACCCAAUUAAUACACGGACGAGUUGUUCGAAGUAUCGCUCUGAAAUCCGAAAUGCACAGUAAUCCGGUUACCUUAAGCUAUAACGCUUUGAAGAUCAAAGUACUUCCAGCUCUGGGAGAUAACUACAUGUACCUGGUGAUCGAUUCAGCUACCAAUGAAGCUGCCAUCGUUGAUCCUGUUGAUCCAGAUACGGUGAUUAAAACCGCCAACGAAGAAAAUGUUAAUUUGACCACAGUAUUAACUACACAUCAUCACUGGGAUCAUGCUGGUGGAAAUGCUGAAUUAGUCGAUAAAAUGAAGGGUAAAAAUUUACAAGUAGUUGGAGGAGAUGACAGAAUACCCAAAUUAGUGAAGAAAGUACAAAAUGGAGAUCAGUUUAAGCUCGGGACGUCUUCGGUCAAGUGUCUAACUACUCCUUGCCAUACCACCGGUCACGUUUGUUACCAUAUUACUACCGAUGAACAAGAUACAGUCGUUUUUACAGGAGAUACACUUUUUAUCGCCGGUUGUGGUAGAUUUUUCGAAGGAAACGGUAAAAUGAUGAACGACGCUUUGAACGUGAAACUUGCCAGUUUACCCGAUGAUACGAAAGUGUUUUGCGGACACGAAUACACCGUUAGCAAUUUGAAAUUCGCCGUGACUGUUGAACCAAAUAACGCAGAUGUUAAGAAUAAACUACAAGAGAGUAUUAGAUUACGUAGUGAGAAGAAUCCCACUGUACCGUCGACCAUUGGCGAAGAGAAAAAAAUCAAUCCAUUUAUGAGAGUAAAUCUCGAUAGUGUUAAACAAUUCGCCGAAAAAACCGAUGUCAUCGAUACAAUGGAUCAUAUUCGACACCUGAAAGAUAAUUUUAAAGCUUAAGGAUAUCUUAAGGUUGGUUAAAAAGAGAAACACAGCUUCAAAAAAGAGAAAAAAUUUAUUACGUUUAAAAUAAUAUAAAAAUGAGUACACUACGAUCAAUUCGAACAUCGUUCUUUUUACAGAAUAUUAUUUACAAAUGGGAACGCUAAAAUUAUCACAUAUUUUUAUUAGCUGCAUCUUGGCUCAGUUUCACUUUAUUCAUCGUGUACUGUUCCAUAUUGGCAAUAUAUUGUUCUUUGGAUUUCA